AUGGCUCGCUUUGGUCGCAAUCGCAAUGGCGGUGUCGAUAACAGCCAUCCAUCAACUGUCGUCAAUAUAGGAAAUAACUCGAUGGAAGCCACAACUGGAGCCAGGGCUUUCAAUGCCAAUUCCGAAAAGGGUGUUCAUCAAUACGAAAAUCUCCAUGUUCCUUCCAUCACUUUGCGCACUAUAUUCAUGACCAUCUUGGUUGCAAUGGGUGGAUUUAUCUUUGGUUACGACACUGGACAAAUUUCUGGAUUCUUGGAGAUGGAUGUUUUCCUUAAGAGGUUUGGUCAAAGAACUACGAACUUAGCAAAAUACCCUAAUGGAUACUAUUUCACAAAUGUGCGAUCUGGAUUAAUUGUUGGCUUGUUAUCCAUCGGUACCUUGAUCGGAUGUUUGAUUGCUGGACCUCUCGCCAAUAGAUUCGGACGCAGAACAUGUAUCCCACCUUGGAGUAUGGUAUUCUGUGUUGGUGUUGUUGCACAAAUGGCUGUUGGUCCUGGUGAUUGGGUAGGAAUUGCAAUGGGAAGAUGGUGUGCUGGUUUAGGAGUUGGCGGAUUAUCGGUUCUUGUACCAAUGUACAUGGCUGAGACUUCCCCUGUCCCUGUAAGAGGAGCCGUUAUUUCAUGUUAUCAACUCUUUAUUACUAUCGGAAUCUUCACCGCUGAUUGUAUCAACUAUGGAACCGAAACAUUUAGCAGCACAGCAUCCUACAGAAUUCCUAUGGGCGUUGGAUUUAUCUGGGCAAUUAUUCUUGGUGUUGGAAUCCUCUUCCUUCCAGAGACUCCCAGAUACGAUUUCAAUCAUAACAAUGGCACAAGGGCUCGAACCACCAUGGCUGGCUUCUAUGGCGUCGACGAAAGUCACCCAAUGAUUGAGACCGAGGUAGCCGAAAUCGAGAAGGUUCGCAUGGCAUCCAGCGGUAACCACCCAUGGUGGGAAGCCAUAACCGGCCCAAGAAUGCUUUACAGAGUUUCUCUCGCAAUGGGAUUACAAAUGUUGCAACAACUUACCGGUGCCAACUACUUUUUCUAUUAUGGUACCACUAUCUUUGCUGGCGUUGGUAUCAAAAACUCCUACGUCACUGCUAUGAUUCUCGGUGGUGUCAACGUUGGAGCUACUUUCUUCGGUGUCUAUAUGGCUCGUCACUUCCGUCGUCGCGAAUCCUUAUAUAUCGCUGCUCUAUGGCAAACUAUGUGUUUCCUCAUCUUUGCAUCUGUCGGACAAUUUUUGUUCAAGGACGCUCCAGAAGGAAGUUCUACAGCUAAAACUGCUGGAAGUGUCAUGAUUGUCUUUGCUUGUCUCUUCAUCGUUGGUUUUGCCAGUACGUGGGGACCUCUUGUUUGGGCAUGUAUUGGUGAAAUGUUUCCAUACCGAUAUAGAGCUGUCGCAAUGGCUUUCGCUACUUCGGCGAACUGGUUCUGGAACUUUAUGCUUGCAUUCUUCACCCCAUUCAUCACAAACGAUAUUCAAUAUGCAUAUGGAUACGUCUUCGCUGGAUGUAAUCUUGCAGCUUUCUUUGUCGUUUUCUUCUUCCUAGUUGAAUCAAGCGGAAGAACUUUAGAAGAAGUUGAUGCCAUGUAUUUGUUGGAAGUUAAGCCUAUUGGAAGUCAUGCAUACGUCUUUGAUGCUGCUACGAUGGCAACUUUGGGUACGGAUAUUAAUACCGAUGCCAUGAAUUUGGAGACAAGAAAUGGUAAGCUUCAAAAAGUUAAUGAAGCUGGCCAAGGUGGAGUCUUGCAUGAUGAGGGACUUCCAGUGGGAAACCAGUCUCCCAAAUAUUAA